UUGUUUUGGUAUAAGGUUACAGGAUUCGUAAAAUCGUAAUUUUAAUAACUAGAAGAACAAAUUAUAAUGGUUACCUAGAUCAUAACGGGAAAGGAAAAUCAGUUUUGUGGAGGAAAAUAGAGGGACCAUUAUGACAACGAAAAUCAAACCCAUACGUCAAAUUGAGGAUUUGACUAAAAAGAUAGAAUGUCCGCAAAAAAUACAAAACCUCUUAUCUAAAGAGGCUGGAGAAACAAUGUACAACCAUCACACAAUGCUACAUGCCGAAAAGGAACGAGAGAAGAAAAUAGCGCAAAGUGAUGAGGAUGGUGAUACCAAAAUAAUACAUGCUGGUAGCCUCCCAACCAUGCGAAUUGAUAUCCGACCCGUAACUGCUCCCGGAAAGGUGUCUCCAUCUAACCAACCAAAGCCAAAUAUGCCUGCUCGACCACAAACUGUGCAAGAGGAACGUCAUCCAAACGAUUCAAAACGUCCGAAAACAUCAAAAGGAAAAACUGCAUGGGGAAAUGCUUUCCAAAAAAUAAAAAUAGUUCAAAGUAUAUCUGGGGGAAUACAGAUUGAAGGUGCAAGACCUAGUCGAUUGCAAAGACGACAGCCGACAUAUCAAUCGCCGCCAUAUGCAUUCAUUAAACCUAAAAAGAUAGACGUUAAGCAACCUGAUUUUUCUUUGAAACAAGCACAGUUCUGGGCCGAAAAGUUUAAGGAGUUAACAAAAUUGUGGGAAAAAGAUGGACCCUUGAAAAAACGACUUCGAGAUAUUUUACCAAGGCCCGAAUACCGUUCAAAUAGAAACUUUUCUCCAGCACAUCACAGAUAUACUAUGUGACGAGUUCAUGAAAAAUCAUGGAGCAAAAUAUAAGUGGGCUUUCAUUAAAACUGAUUCUCCAAUGGCAGACGAAGAAUCGGACAGGAGAUUAAAUUAUGUACCAAUACGACAUUUUGAACUGGCGGAAAUACAGGAUGACAUGCAUAAGCGUCAAAGAGAAAUAAGUAUGAUCUUACAACGAAGCAAUACCAUUCAUCGAGAAGUACAAUCUUUAACUAGACUUAAAAAGCAGAUUUACGAACCGGAUGUCUAGUUG